GAGGCUGUACGCAAAUUAAGGUUCGGAUUACGCCGCGUUGCGAUUCGCGAGUUUUCAGUGGCUCUCUUGCGAGGGGGACGAGGUUAUGUAAAUGAGUGGAUUCUGGUUGAGCUAUCCUAUUGGUCAUCAGGACAAAGCUGUGUUGUAGCCAAUCAAAUUGCUCCGUAGACCAUCGCCGUUCUGCCUAUAAAAGGGUGAAGCGGCGCUGUUGGGGACGAUUUUGUUAGUCAUCAAACGGGAGCAGUUUGCAGUGCCUGUGGCUGUCAUGUCUGGUCGUGGCAAACAAGGAGGCAAGACUCGCGCCAAGGCCAAGUCGCGGUCGUCCCGCGCAGGUCUGCAGUUUCCGGUGGGGCGAGUGCACCGCCUGCUGCGCAAAGGCAACUACGCCGAGCGGGUGGGGGCUGGCGCGCCCGUGUACAUGGCGGCAGUUCUUGAGUACCUGACCGCCGAAAUCCUGGAGCUAGCGGGCAACGCGGCCCGAGACAACAAGAAGACGCGCAUCAUUCCUCGUCACCUACAGCUGGCCAUUCGUAACGACGAGGAGCUGAACAAGCUGUUGGGCAAAGUCACCAUCGCCCAGGGCGGCGUUUUGCCGAACAUCCAGGCUGUGUUGCUCCCCAAGAAGACGGAGAGCCACCACAAGGCAAAGGGCAAGUGAGGCCGGUCUCGGGAAGCCCUCCCAAGCCCCCUACUCGAAGGGGCACCUCUGAAAUCAAAGGCUCUUUUCAGAGCCACCCACUUUUUCAAAUAAAAAGAGUUGUUCUAACA